AUGGCGGAUCGGACGGCUCCGCGCUGCCAGCUCCGGCUGGAGUGGGUGUACGGCUACCGGGGCCACCAGUGCCGCAACAACCUGUACUACACGGCAGGGAAAGAGGUGGUGUACUUCGUGGCUGGAGUCGGCGUGGUUUACAAUACCAGAGAGCACAGCCAGAAAUUCUUCCUCGGGCACAACGAUGACAUUAUCAGCCUCGCAGUUCACCCAGAUAAAAUGCUGGUAGCCACAGGGCAGGUUGGGAAGGACCCCUACAUUUGCAUCUGGGAUUCUUACAGUGUCCAGACUGUGUCUGUCCUGAAGGAUGCGCACACGCACGGAGUCGCCUGCCUGGUCUUCAACUCUGACGGCCAGCGUUUGGCUUCUGUGGGACUGGAUGCCAAAAACACAGUGUGUAUUUGGGACUGGAAGAGAGGAAAACUCCUGGCAACAGCUACAGGCCAUUCCGACAGGAUAUUUGAUAUUUCCUGGGAUCAAUAUCAGCCAAACAGAAUUGUCAGCUGUGGAGUAAAACACAUAAAGUUUUGGACAUUGUGUGGGAACACCCUGACAGCAAAGAGAGGAAUAUUUGGUAAAACAGGAGAUCUCCAAACAAUCCUGUGUUUAGCCUGUGCUAAAGAAGAUAUCACCUACUCUGGGGCUUUAAAUGGAGACAUCUAUGUUUGGAAAGGGCUCAACUUGGUCCGCACAAUUCAAGGAGCACACAGUGCUGGAAUUUUUAGUAUGUAUGCUUGUGAAGAAGGCUUUGCCACUGGAGGGAGAGAUGGCUGCAUUCGGUUGUGGGACACCGAGUUCAAACCGAUUACUAAAAUUGAUCUCAGGGAGACUGAACAAGGAUACAAAGGGCUGUCCAUCCGCAGUGUGUGCUGGAAAGCCGACAGGCUCCUGGCAGGGACCCAGGACAGCGAGAUCUUCGAGGUGCUCGUGAGGGAGAGGGACAAGCCCAUGCUGAUCAUGCAGGGCCACUGCGAAGGGGAGCUCUGGGCCCUGGCCAUGCAUCCCAAGAAACCUCUGGCAGUCACCGGCAGCGAUGAUCGCUCCGUGCGGUUGUGGAGCCUUGCUGACCACGCCUUGAUUGCUCGCUGCAAUAUGGAAGAGGCUGUGCGGAGUGUGUCCUUCAGUCCUGACGGAUCCCAGCUGGCACUUGGCAUGAAGGAUGGUUCCUUCAUUGUCCUCAGAGUAAGGGACAUGACUGAGGUGGUUCACAUCAAGGACCGCAAGGAAGUGAUCCAUGAGAUGAAGUUCUCCCCAGACGGAUCGUACCUGGCCGUGGGCUCCAAUGAUGGGCCUGUGGACAUCUACGCCGUGGCCCAGAGAUACAAAAAAAUCGGGGAAUGCAACAAAUCCUCCAGUUUCAUUACUCACAUUGACUGGUCUGUGGACAGCAAGUUCCUGCAGACCAAUGAUGGUGCUGGAGAGAGGCUCUUCUACAAGAUGCCCUCUGGGAAGCAUCUAACAAGCAAAGAUGAGAUCAAAGGAAUACACUGGGCCUCAUGGACCUGUGUGAUAGGACCUGAAGUGAGUGGAAUUUGGCCAAAAUACACAAACAUCACAGAUAUCAACUCUGUGGAUGGGAAUUACAACAGCUCCGUGCUGGUGACUGGUGAUGACUUUGGGCUGGUAAAAUUAUUCAGAUUUCCAUGCCUAAAGAAAGGAGCUAAAUUCAGGAAAUACAUUGGCCACUCAGCCCAUGUCACCAAUGUGCGCUGGUCCCAUGAUUUCCAGUGGGUUUUGAGCACAGGAGGUGCUGAUCACUCUGUUUUUCAGUGGAGAUUUGUUCCAGAAGGGGUAACCAAUGGCAUCCUGGAAGCCUCUCCACAAGAGGGCAGUGUUGAUUCCUACAGUGAGGAAUCAGAUUCAGAUUUAUCAGAUGUGCCAGAGUUGGAUUCUGACAUUGAGCAGGAAGCUCAAAUCAACUAUGAUCGUCAGGUUUACAAAGAAGACCUACCUCAGCUGAAACAGCAAAGUAAAGAGAAAAACCAUUCUGUGCCCUUCCUUAAGCGAGAGCGAGCGCCCGAGGACAGCUUGAAGCUGCAGUUUAUACAUGGGUACAGGGGCUAUGACUGCAGGAACAACCUGUUCUACACACAGGCAGGAGAGGUGGUUUAUCACAUCGCCGCCGUGGCUGUUGUCUACAACCGGCAGCAGCACUCGCAACGCCUCUACCUUGGCCACGACGACGACAUCCUCAGCCUCAGCAUCCAUCCCAUCAAGGACUAUGUGGCCACUGGACAGGUUGGAAGAGAUGCUGCCAUCCAUGUUUGGGACACCCAGAGCCUGAAAUGUUUGUCAUUGCUCAAAGGCCAGCACCAGAGAGGAGUAUGUGCACUGGAUUUCUCAGCUGAUGGGAAAUACUUGGCAUCUGUUGGGCUGGAUGAUAACCAUGCCAUUGUAUUCUGGGACUGGAAAAAGGGAGAAAAGCUGGCAACAACCAGGGGCCAUAAAGAUAAAAUAUUUGUAGUAAAGUGUAAUCCACAUCAUGUGGACAGGCUAGUCACAGUUGGGAUGAAGCACAUCAAAUUUUGGCAGCAAACAGGGGGAGGCUUCACGUCCAAGCGGGGCACAUUUGGGAGCGUGGGGAAGCUGGAGACUAUGAUGAGUGUCUCGUACGGUCGUGUGGAGGAGCUGGUGUUCUCUGGGGCUGCCACUGGGGACAUCUACAUCUGGAAGGAGACCCUGCUGUUGAGGACAGUGAAAGCCCAUGAUGGACCUGUGUUUGCCAUGCAUGCGCUGGACAAAGGUUUUGUAACGGGUGGAAAAGACGGAAUUGUGGCGCUUUGGGAUGAUAUGUUUGAGAGAUGUCUGAAGACAUAUGCUAUUAAAAGAGCAGCACUCUCUGCUAGUUCUAAAGGUUUACUUCUAGAAGACAACCCCUCCAUCCGAGCCAUCAGCCUGGGGCAUGGGCACAUCCUGGUAGGAACUAAAAAUGGAGAAAUACUUGAAAUUGAUAAAAGUGGGCCUAUGACUCUGCUAGUUCAGGGCCAUAUGGAAGGAGAAGUGUGGGGCCUGGCAGCUCAUCCUCUCCUGCCCGUGUGUGCCACCGUGAGUGACGACAAAACCCUGCGCAUCUGGGAGCUCUCAGCACAACACCGCAUGCUGGCAGUGAGGAAACUCAAAAAAGGCGGGCGCUGCUGUGCCUUUUCUCCCGACGGGAAGGCCCUGGCGGUUGGGCUGAACGACGGCAGUUUCCUGGUGGUGAAUGCUGACACUGUGGAGGACAUGGUCUCCUUUCACCACAGGAAGGAGAUGAUCUCGGACAUAAAGUUUUCACGAGAAUCAGGAAAGUACUUGGCUGUGGCUUCCCAUGAUAACUUUGUGGAUAUUUACAAUGUCCUUACAAGCAAAAGAGUUGGCAUUUGCAAAGGUGCCUCCAGCUACAUCACCCACAUCGACUGGGACUCCAGAGGAAAGUUAUUGCAAGUCAAUUCUGGUGCCAAAGAACAACUAUUUUUUGAAGCACCAAGGGGGAAAAGACAUAUUAUAAGAAUUGCUGAGAUAGAGAAGAUUGAAUGGGACACGUGGACAUGUGUGCUUGGUCCCACAUGUGAGGGGAUCUGGCCCGUGCACAGCGAUGUCACUGUUGUCAACGCAGCCAGUCUCACAAAGGACAGGACCCUCCUGGCCACAGGAGAUGACUUUGGGUUUGUGAAGCUCUUUUCCUACCCAGUGAAGGGCCAGCAUGCCAGGUUCAAGAAGUACGUGGGGCACAGUGCCCAGGUGACCAAUGUGCAGUGGCUGCACAAUGACUCUGUGCUCCUCACCGUGGGUGGCGCCGACACCGCACUCAUGAUCUGGACCAGGGAGUUCCUGGGCAUCCAGGAGAGCAAGCUGGUGGACAGUGAAGAGUCAGACACAGAUGCAGAAGAAGAUGGAGGUUAUGACAGUGAUGUUGCAAGAGAAAAGGCAAUUGACUACACCACUAAGAUCUACGCAGUGAGCAUCCGAGAAAUGGAAGGCACAAAACCCCAUCAGCAGCUGAAGGAAGUUUCAGUGGAAGAGAGGCAGGGAAUUGUCAAGGGAUCAAGGCCACCUGUGAGCAGAGCUGCUCCUCAGCCUGAGAAACUGCAAAAGAACAAUGUCAACAAAAAAAAGAAACUGGUUGAGGAGCUGGCUUUAGACCAUGUGUUUGGAUACAGAGGAUUUGACUGUCGCAACAACCUCCAUUACCUGAAUGAUGGUGCUGACAUUAUUUUCCAUGCAGCUGCAGCAGGCAUUGUCCAAAACCUCUCCACUGGUAGCCAGAGCUUCUACCUGGAGCACACUGAUGACAUCCUGUGCCUGACGGUGAACCAGCACCCCAAGUACAAGAACGUGGUGGCCACCAGCCAGAUCGGUGACAUGACAGAAUUACCAGGUACAACCCCCACAAUUCACAUAUGGGAUGCCAUGAGCAAGCAAACCCUUUCCAUGCUGCGCUGCUUCCACACAAAAGGGGUCAAUUACGUGAACUUUAGUGCAACUGGCAAACUGCUGGUGUCAGUGGGAGUUGACCCAGAACACACCAUCACUGUGUGGAGGUGGCAAGAAGGGGCUAAAGUUGCCAGCAGGGGAGGGCACCUGGAGAGGAUCUUUGUUGUGGAGUUCCGCCCAGACUCCGACACUCAGUUCGUGUCUGUGGGGGUCAAGCACAUGAAGUUCUGGACCUUGGCUGGCAGCGCUUUGCUCUACAAGAAAGGAGUCAUUGGUUCCAUGGAAGAUGCCAAAAUGCAAACCAUGCUCUCUGUUGCCUUUGGAGCAAAUAACCUCACAUUCACUGGUGCCAUAAAUGGAGAUGUCUACGUGUGGAAGGAUCAUUUCCUGGUCAGGCUGGUGGCCAAGGCUCACACAGGACCAGUGUUCACCAUGUACACAACUCUGCGUGAUGGGCUCAUUGUUACUGGAGGGAAGGAGAGGCCCACGAAGGAGGGGGGAGCAGUGAAGCUGUGGGACCAGGAGAUGAAGAGGUGCCGAGCCUUCCAGCUGGAGACCGGGCAGCUCAUCGAGUGUGUGCGCUCUGUGUGCCGGGGCAAGGGGAAAAUCUUAGUGGGAACAAAAGAUGGAGAAAUCCUUGAAGUAGGAGAAAAAAAUGCUGCUUCAAACUUGUUAAUUGACUGUCACAUGGAAGGGGAAAUCUGGGGCUUGGCAACUCACCCCUCCAAAGACGUAUUUAUCUCUGCAAGCAAUGAUGGAACAGCAAGGAUCUGGGACCUGUUGGACAAACUGUCGGGGUGCUGGGGAGGCGUGAGCCUGUUUUUGCCUGUUUCCCUGCAGAAGCUGGUGAACAAGGUGAGCCUGGGACACCCCGCGCGCUGUGCUGCAUACAGCCCUGAUGGUGAGAUGGUGGCCAUCGGCAUGAGGAACGGGGAGUUUGUCGUCCUGCUGGUCAACAGCCUCAAGGUCUGGGGCAAGAAGCGGGACAGGAAGUCUGCAAUUCAGGACAUCAGGAUCAGCCCAGAUAACAGGUUUUUGGCAGUGGGCUCACAAGAACAUACUGUGGAUUUUUAUGAUCUCACUCAAGGCACAACCCUAAACCGAAUCGGCUACUGCAAGGACAUUGCCAGUUUUGUCAUCCAGAUGGAUUUCUCUGCAGACAGCAGGUACAUCCAGGUAUCCACAGGUGCCUACAAGCGUCAAGUUCACGAGGUGCCACUGGGAAAGCAAAUCACAGACCCUGCUGUCAUAGAGAAAAUCACCUGGGCCACGUGGACCAGCAUUCUUGGAGAUGAAGUCAUUGGGAUCUGGCCACGAAAUGCAGAUAAAGCAGAUGUCAACUGUGCCUGUGUGACCCACGCUGGCCUGAACAUAGUCACAGGAGAUGACUUUGGGCUGGUCAAGCUGUUUGACUUCCCAUGCACAGAGAAAUUUGCCAAACACAAGCGGUACUUUGGGCACUCAGCGCAUGUCACCAACAUCCGCUUCUCACACGACGACAAGUUUGUGGUGAGCACCGGAGGGGACGACUGCAGUGUGUUCGUGUGGCGAUGCCUCUGA